UCAGACUGAAACCUCGAAACUCAGACAAGAGUUCAGUGUACAACGCCAAACAAAGUCAGAGACUUUUCACAAUUCACCUCCACUUCCCUUUCGCGCUUACACAGGGAUUUAUCCCGGCUCCGCCGCCGUUUAAUGUCGCCUCCUCCUCCACCGCUUCAUCCUCUUUCUUCCGAACAAGAAAUCUCCGUCAUGGUUUCCACCCUCAAAAACGUCAUCACUGGUUCCACUCCUUCCUCCUCCUCCGCUGACCUUCGUUUCGAUUUCGGUGCUCCCGGAGGUUCGGCUUCUACUUUUACUGGUGGGUUCAACGCUGAUCGCGGGAACAUGGUAUUUCAAGUGAGCGAAGUUCUGGAUAAGUGCCACGUGUGCAAAUUUGACGGUUGCCUGGGGUGCAAUCUUUUCCCGCCAAGUCAGCAAGAGGAAAAAAAAGGGACAACUAGUGCUACCACCACCACCUCUGCAAUUAAAACUAAAACAAAACGAGUAAAGAAAAACUACAGAGGGGUCCGGCAAAGGCCAUGGGGCAAAUGGGCUGCGGAGAUUCGAGACCCAAGGCGUGCCACAAGGGUCUGGCUUGGAACCUUCAACACCGCGGAGGAAGCAGCUCGCGCUUACGAUAAAGCAGCUAUUGAUUUCCGGGGGCCAAGAGCUAAACUCAACUUCCCAUUCCCUGACAGCAACAGCAAAGCCGAUGUAAUACCGCCGCCGCCAGCUGCAGCAACUGCCGUGGGGUUUGAUCAUGAAAUUAGUACCAGGUCUGUGCAAAAAGAAAAGGAAAGAAAUGAUGUGAUUAGCAUGGAAAUGGAUACUGAAAAAGGAUUGGGGUCGACUGAGUUUUGGGAUGCAAUAGGCGAAGAUGAGAUUCAACAAUGGAUGAUGACGAUGUCAGAAUUUGGUGGGGACAGUUACUCCUCCGAUUCAGCUACCACUACUGUUACUACCGGGAAUGUUCAUACUUUUUAAUCACUCGAAGUUGAAUCUUGGGGUUUUACCGGCAGAGGACAGGCAGGCUCUUCCUUAUUUUAUAAAGAAAGAGUAUGAUGAUGGUGAUAAGUGAAAUUCUGUUUAGGGUGAUCAUUAUUUACUGUACAAUUCUAACUUCUCAAUGUCUGCUACUUCUUCAAUAUAUAAAAUGUGAUAUUAGUUAAUCAA